AGUCGCCCUCUAUAAAAAUUCAGCUAAAGUGGAAGUGUUGAGAAAUAGUUGAUCAACCCCAACCGAAAGUAAAACCUUCAACCAACUAAAAAUUUUCCUUUCAUGCAAAGCAAUAAUGUUACCACUUAUAUUGUGGUUGUCAUUUAUUUAUGGAUUAAACGCCGAAAUUGAAGAUCUGUCGCAAGUGCUUUGUAAAGAUACCUCCGUUGGCGAUGUCGUGCCGAAUCCUCGCGAUUGCAAUUCUUACUUCGUGUGCGGAACUGUACCACUGAUCAGUUUUUGCGCUCAAGGCCUACAUUUCGAUGCCAAAAAUAAAGUUUGCAAUUGGCCUGAACUGGCGAAAUGUAAAUUGAAUGAGUCGAUUUCAUUAACCAAGUAUAUACCUGGAAAUGUGGUUAAUACAUCGGCAGCCAAAGUAUUUUCAAACCAUCUAUCUGGACCAACACUUGAACUCAAACAGAAUAGAGAAGAUGUGACUCAAGAAACGCCGUUGGACCCACAAUUUAUAUCUUACGUUGCUUUGGACGUGAAUACACAUGAAACCAUUAAUCCCAUGGUCGGUUAUGAUUCUAAAAAUAUCGCAUGCAAACAUUACGGCGCUUAUUUUUUGCCACAUCCUGCCGAUUGUAAUCAAUACUACAUGUGCGUAUUCGGCUACAUAUUUCAGCAUAAAUGCGGACGCGGCACCGGGUGGAACUACAAACGGCAGGUGUGUGAAAUACGACCACUAACCGAAUGUUAUUCCAGUGCCACCACUGUACAAAUAAACAACGCGCAACCUUCGCCUGGGCCAUUGACAGAAUUUUCGAGCGAUCAGCUGUUAGACACACCUCCAACAGAUGGUGUCUAUACCGUAUGUUAUGUAUUGAAUAACGGUGUGGCCGGCAGACCAACUUGGGUACCACAGGAUAUAACUACCCUGCCAAACUCUUCUCCACCCAUUAUUAAUUGGCAGUCCACACGCACUCCGCCCUCGUUAGUAACUCCUUCAUCAACUGGUCGGGAGCAUCCAAGUGAUCUUGUAAUACCGAUUUGUCCUGGGGAGGAUAAGGUGUAUUUAGCUCAUCCUUCCAAUUGUAGUAAGUACUACAUAUGUAUAAUUGGUAUGCCAGUAUUGACGUCCUGUCCAGAGGGCUUAUAUUGGAAUUCGAGGACAGAAUUUUGUGAUUCGCCUGUGAAUGUGGAGUGUAGCCAAUAAAUAUCCUAAUGGCACACAUUCACAUAUAUAUAUAUGUAAUAUAUAC